AUGCAGUUCCUCUUCUGGUCAACACUCGUCUGUCUGAUCGCCUUUGUCGCAUCGGCGCCACCAGUCUCACACCUCACCGAUCUUGCGAUACGCGACUACUCUUCGUCUUCUCCAUCACUCGAGUACAAUGCAUUAGAAAAGCGCAAAGGCGGCGGUGGCGGCAAAGGAGGGGGAAGCAGUUCUUCAGGUAGUAGCGGUGGGCGAUCAAGUUCCGGAUCCAGCGGCUCUAGCUCAAGGCCUCUGUCCUCAUACUCCUUCUCACCUUCGUCCAACGUCGGCGGCCGCACGCGCGACGGCUCAGGAACCCCCAAAGCCUACGGCAACCGAUACACAGGCGGCGCCGUCGUGCCCUACACGGCCGGCGCAAGAUCUCCCACACGAGGCAUUGCGCCGUACGCAUUCCCCGUCGCCGCCCUUGCUUUCUUUCCUGGCAUCUGGCUCUACGGCACUGUCUGGGCUUACCCUUACGGCAUCCCCUACCACUGGGUCCACGAUGGCCAGAACCGGACCAGCAACGUCACUUGUCUGUGUCAGCAAUAUCAGGUCUGCGGGUGCGAUCCGACGGACAACAGUACGUUUUUGAACGAAGUCGUUUCCAACGGCACAGGGCAGCCAGUCAACUCUAGUCUCGUCCGCACGGUUGAUUAUGGCAAUGGAACUACGGCCACGUAUAUCAAUGGGUCGCUCGCGAAUGGGACCACGGCAGAUGGCGGGACGGAUCCCUCGAACGAAUCACAGAUCAGCGCCGGUAUGCGGCUGGCUAUGAGUUAUGGUGGAUAUUGGGUGAUGGUCGCUACGGUGGCGAUGGGGACGUGGAUAGCUGUCUGA